AUGUCUAAAAAAUAUUUGAUUCGUAUCACAUUUGAUAUUUCGUUCGACCAGGGCAAAUCGACGAAAGGCGCCAGCAAACUCCGCCGAGACCUCAUCAACGCAGAGAUCGCGAACCUCCGGGACCUCCUGCCCCUCCCCCCCUCCACCAGGCAGAGGCUAUCCCAGCUGCAACUCAUGGCUCUAGUCUGCGUGUACGUCAGGAAGUCCAACUACUUUCAGCAAGUUUUCAAAAGAUUUGACAUCAACCAACACUCGUCGACGCCACCAAAUAUCGGAUUUUCUAAAGCUCUCAACGGAUUCCUAAUGAUGAUGACGCAAAACGGCAAACUUCUCUACAUUUCCGACAACGCAGCGGAGUACCUCGGUCAUUCCAUGGAGGACCUCCUCAUCCACGGGGACAGUGUAUACGACGUGAUCGACAAGCAAGACCAGCAGGCUGUGAGGACGGAGCUGGCGAGGGCCCCCACCGAUGGGGAGGACAGGGUGUUCCUCUGUCGGAUGAAUGUGGCCAGGAACGCGAGGCGGCAGAUGCGGUUUGGGGAUCAGAAAGUGGUGCUAGUCCGAGGGCACUACGUGUCAUACCUGCCGCUGUGCAGCCGCAACGAGCCGGUGUUCCUGGCCGCGUGCACGCCGCUCGCCAUGCCCGAGACGCGCGAGUGCGUCGUGCACGGCGCCACCAACGUCUUCACCACCGUGCACGCCGUCGACAUGAAGAUCCUGCACAUCGACGCCAAGUAA